AUGCGAGGGUGUCCGAAACGGUCCGAAACAUCUGACUUACUAAAACCGUACAUAAAAGGAGGUAUAUCGUGCAGGUUAUUAUGUUUUGAUCUUCAUAUUUUGGAACGUUAGGCCCAGGCCUCAGAGGAACCAAAACAUUUACUUUCACGCUGGUAGUCCAUAUUUUAUAUAAAGCUGCCAGUGAAGUAUUUAUGUUCGUCAUGACAUGGACAACCACUUUAUGAUUGUAUAUAGUAUAGUCCAUCUAUUAUAUCUUGACAGCAGAGGUAAAUACCAGCCAAACGUUGAGAAUAGCACUUGAAGUACCUGUUGUAUUCAAGUCUCUCAAGAGGGGCUGUAUAAUGGCAGGUCAAAACCCAAGGAAGAAGGGAGGGUUAAAGCUGAAAGUGCCUGCAGACAUUCCACCAGUCACACCCCCACGGAACCUGGACAAACGUACAACAAUUACAAUUGGAGAGAGAACUUUUGAGGUUGAGGCAGAUGACCUGGAAAAAAUUUGUGAUCUUGGGCGAGGAGCUUAUGGCAUAGUUGAGAAGAUGCGACAUAUACCAAGUGGAACUAUCAUGGCUGUUAAGAGGAUAGCAGCAACUGUAAAUACCCAAGAGCAAAAGCGCCUGUUGAUGGACUUAGACAUCUCCAUGCGGUCAUCUGACUGCCCCUAUACAGUACAAUUUUAUGGAGCAUUGUUUCGUGAAGGAGAUGUCUGGAUAUGUAUGGAGGUCAUGGAUACAAGUCUUGACAAAUUCUAUACAAAGGUGUGUCACCAUGGACGCCAGAUACCUGAAGACAUUCUUGGAAAAGUUGCCUUUGCUGUUGUCAGUGCAUUGCAUUACCUAUAUUCAAAUCUGCGCGUUAUCCACCGAGAUGUUAAACCUUCCAACAUCCUCAUUAAUAGGAAAGGAGAGGUUAAGAUGUGUGAUUUUGGUAUAUCUGGGUACUUAGUUGACUCAGUAGCAAAAACAAUAGAUGCUGGUUGCAAGCCAUACAUGGCUCCAGAACGAAUAGAUCCUUCAGGUAAUCCUUCACAGUAUGAUAUCAGGUCAGAUGUGUGGAGUCUGGGCAUCUCAUUAGUAGAACUGGCAACAUUGAGGUUUCCAUAUAACAUUUGGGGGACACCAUUUGAGCAGCUAAAACAGGUUGUCAAAGAUGACCCACCUAGACUUCCACCUGAUGACUUUUCAUCAGAUUUUGAAGAUUUCAUCAGCAAGUGCCUGCAGAAAGAUUAUAUGGAACGUCCUAAUUAUGAUCAACUGCUCUUGCACCCAUUUAUCCAAAUUCAUCAGGAGCGAACUACUGAUGUCUCAAAGUUUGUAAGUGAAAUCCUUGAUCUGUCUGAUGAAGAGAGGAUAUAGUUUAGUUUAUAUACCUUUCUUCCUGAAGCAAUUUUUUUUUAGUCAUGAAGAGAAGAAAAAUGUUAUACAAACAUUCAGUGAUAUUUACAGAAAGUUUGCCUUAUGCUGCUACUGUUGUCAACUGUAUGAACUGAAUUGGUGUUCUAAGAAAUCGUAUUAAGUCUCUGUUUAAUGUGUGAAGAUGGGAACAUGAUGAAAGUUAUGAAAUUGUAUAGUGGUUAGAACACAAAUAAGCUUCUCAUCUCACAGAUUGUGCCUAGUUUUCACUCAUUUUAUUUCAGAUUUAUGGAUACAAAGCUGUGAUGGGGAAUAUUUCUCUUACUUUGUAUUCCAAUCUACUAAUCUGUUCAUUGCUUACUUAUCAUCGCCAUUAUCGGUAUGUGAAGAAUAGUUGAUAUGUAAUUAAAUAAUUUAAUGAUUAAUAAAAAUACAUGCACACUAAAAAGUUAGAAGUGUAAUGCGAAAUUUCCAAGCAAACAUUUCAAAUACAUUAUCAUCUUUAUCAAAUGUAAAAAAUAUAUCCAUCUUAGUAUUUGUUUCUGUGGACCAUUAUGCUGGAAUAUUCUAUAGUGGUCCCUACCUUAUCUGCUUCUGCAGGUGUGUUUACAAAUGGUCAUACAUCAAUUUAAACACAAACUUGUAAGGACAAAUACUAUUUUACUAAUAUAAAAUGUUCCUGCCCUUAUGAACACACUUUUGUGAUAUAUAUACAGGAACUCCCAUUUGAUGUUCCUUGAUCUAAGGUUUGCUUCAUUCGGCUUCAGUCUUCAAAAGUCACUAAUCUGUGUCAUAAUAAGAUUUUUAUGAAUUUAAUGUUCAAAAUCUAUUGUAUUGAAAUUUUUACAAAAAAAAAAAAAAAAGGUUUCCAGAGGUUGGUGUACAUUCACCAAGCAGAAUUUUUAAAAGAAGAAAGAAUAGAUCAGUACUACAAAAUUGAGAUAAACAUGUUAGAAAAGUAUUAUUUCUAAUAAAAAUAAUGAUAAGAUUAUUGCCAGCAAACUGAAAUGGUACAUUAAUAUCAUUUCAUAAUACUGCAUGCAAAGGGCAUUUACAUCCAAACAUAUAAAUAAUUUAUUACAUGGGUCAAUUAUACUAAAUCAUUUUUGAACUUCUGCUACCAACUGAAGUAAGGACUUCAGCACUAUGGGGAGAGUAAAGGUUAAUCUCCACACAUUCCUAUCAUUGGCAUUAGGUGGAAGUUCAGUGGUCACCUUAUGCUCUAACCGCUUUGUCCCCAGAAGAAGAAAAAAAAAAGCAUUUACUAUCCACUGGAUGAAAGGCUGGAUAGGAUACAAAGCCAGCUGGGACAAGAGGCAAAGAGAAAAAUCACUGCCCUAUCAAAGAUCAAACUUGGUAAUCCAGCACACAGUGACUUUACUAAGCUAUUCGAGCCCAAUUUAAGAAAUGGAUGAUCAAUCAAAUGAACAAGUUCAAGACAGAAUUGACAAGUGACAAACCAAAGCCCCAAUUACAGAAAACAUUGGAUCUCUAAGAAACAGGUUGUGGUUAAGUGAAAUGGACCUGCUAGCAUGCAUGUGAUAAUCAGUUUCCAGGUUCCUAAUACUCGAAUCUCAACAGUUUACAUGUUUAUGGAUUUUUAAUAUAUCAGAUUUACAAAUAUGUAUGGGUUUAUGUAUGGUAAGAUUUUUAGUCUACUAUUGAUAUAAAUAUUAUAUUAGAGGUCACCUCCAACCUCUUACUUUUUAUUUCAUAUUUCAAAUCCAGAUGAGGUCAUUGGAUUUUUUUCAGUUGGCCU